AUGCUUGUCGUCCCGGCUCUUAAGAGCUCGGCAAAGUCCGCUGAGGCUUGGAUCUGUGCUGCGUGUCUUCAGCGUCGACAACGACUUCCAUCACGGCGUUUUUCGCAUGCCAGUACCAGGACCGCAGCAAGACGAAGCCAAUAUGCCGUGUCGCAAGGACCUCAACAAAGAAAUGUUUCCUCGGACAGCAGUACGACUUCUCGGAGAAACUACAAGCUACCGGGCACACCAGCACGAACUCGUUUUGCCCCUUCGCCAACAGGGUACAUGCACAUAGGGGGCCUGAGGACCGCGCUCUUUAGCUAUCUCCUGGCUAAGCGGACGGAAGGACAAUUCCUCUUACGAAUCGAAGACACCGAUCAGAAGCGCCUUGUACCCGGCGCCGAGGAACGUCUGUGUCAGGAUCUUCGAUGGGCCGGUCUGCAAUGGGAUGAAGGACCACAAGUCGGCGGUCCACACGGGCCUUACAAGCAGUCCGAACGAACGCAUAUAUACCAGGAACACGCGAAGCAACUGCUCGAUUCCGGUUCUGCAUAUCGAUGUUUCUGCACUCCCCAGACUACCGCAUCAAAUGGCACGAAAGCAGCCUACGUUACAAGCGGUUGCUAUCAGGAUUGCUCCUCAUUGCCUGCCGAACAAGCCGAGGACCUUGCCCUCGAUCAAGCGAAACCAUACACAAUACGCCUCAAACCUCCUCCAAAUGCCCAUAAGCGCGUUUACAGCGACCUAGUCUACGGCAGAAUUCAACGCCUAAAGCGUUCUCCGAGCGGCAAUCCCGUCAGUGAUGAUGGUGAUGCUGGUAUCGAUGCUGCGGACACGAUACUGGUCAAAUCUGAUGGCACGCCCACAUAUCACUUCGCCAACGUGGUGGAUGAUCAUCUCAUGCGAAUCACGCAUGUUAUUCGAGGCUCUGAGUGGAUGGCCAGCACUCCUCUGCAUUACGAUCUGUAUUCGGCUUUCGAGUGGACACCGCCUACCUUCGCGCACGUGGGCCUUCUGCUCGACGAGACAAAAGCCAAGCUUUCGAAGCGCAGCGAUUCUGGAUUGGUGCUGGAUGUGAAGGGCAUGCGAGAACAGCAGGGCAUCUUGCCGGAGGUGUUGUGCAAUUUCCUUGCGCUUUUGGGAUGGAGCAACCCGGGAAGGAACGAUGUGAUGGAGAUGAGGGAGCUGGUGAGAGACUUCGAUUUGAAGUUCACAAAGGGCAACUCGGUCGUGAAGAAUGAGAAGCUGUGGUUCCUACAGAAACAGCACGUCGCGAGGAGAUGCGAAGUCGCCCGGGAGACAAGGUCUUCGGAACCGCUGACGGGCUUGAUCGAUGCCAUUGGGUCGAAAGUUCGGCAAGCAUUUCCAGGCCCAGUCCACACGCGCGGUCAGAGUCUGGAAGCUUACAUUGGCGAGGUAUUCCUGGCAGACUCCAAGUCCUACUCAACGCCGCAGCAUUAUGUGGACCGCAAUCGCUACUUCUUCCACUUCGAUGCGUCUGAAGUGCCAGCCGAGGCGGAGACCUACGACAAAGACGUGCACAUUACCGCGGGAGCAUUGUCAGAGUUCAUGGCGGACCUCCUGGCGCACUUCGAUUUCGCGCAGCCUUACCGCGAUUCUCGCUUCGCAGUGCCAAAGCCUGAGCGCGAAGACGAGGCCGUCUUGACCCCUAUCGAUCUAGUCAAGCAGUACAAGUCCUGGAACAAGGCCCUCAUGCGAUACUUGAGAGAGAAACUGAGCUAUGGACUUCCUGGACCAGGCGUGGGUGCUAUCAUGGCUAUCCUGGGGUACGAGGAGUGCCGUCGUCGACUGGGCGUCAAGAUGGACGCCGGCAAAGGUGGAUGGUGA